AUGGAGAACGAUAGAAUCAGCGAACUUCCGGAUUCAUUGAUCACAACGCAUAUACUUGUAUGGUUUCCGACAAAAGAAUCGGUUAAGACAAGUGUUUUAUCGACCAGAUGGAGAAAUCUAUGGCUUUAUGUUCCCAGACUUGACUUAAACUCCGAUGACUUCCAGUUUCUUGACUUGAACAGUGAGUCAAGCUUUCAAAAGUUCAAUCUAGAUUUCGAGACCCAAGAUUUCAUGCCUAUGACUCUUUAUAAGAACAAGACACUGGUCUUAAAGCUUGUACACGUAAUGCUUGAGAAUCCAAAGUUUGUUGUUUCUUCUCUACCUUGUCUCAAGAUCAUCAUCUGCUACGGCCUUUGUGAUGGUCCUUUGGUUGUGGAGAAGCUCAUCUCAGGAUGUCCUGUUCUUGAAGAACUUGAGCUGAUCAAGUUUCUAAGUAAUAUUUUUACUCGAGAAGUUCUGAUGCGUCUGUGUGUGAGGUCUCAUACUCUGAAAAGCCUUCGUUUACAUUUCGCGGGUUUGGCCGAGAAAAACUACUUUACAAACAUGCCUCAAUGUUUGAUACCGACGCUGGAGUAUGUUGAUAUUAAGAAACAUGUGAUAAAACAUGAAACUGGGAUCAUCAAACUAGUGAAUUACUUUCUUGAGAAUUCAGCAUUUCUCAAGAAACUGACUCUUCUUCUAACCAACCAAGAGCUAGAGAGCUACAAGAAGCUUAUUACAUCUGUGAAGCUCUCUCCCACAUGUCAAGUUAUCAUACAUCUGAUGAUGAGCAUAGUUGAACAAUAG